AGUCAUUUCAUUCCCAAAUGAAAUCAUCUCCUUCGACGGCUCACCUAAGCCUAAAACUUAUUAAUCUUUCCAUUUAAUCUUACCUAUUAAACAUUCAAUUACUUCCCCUCAAUUCGUAGUCCUAUAACUAUUUCCCUUCAUUGAUCUUUUCAGUUUCCCUAAAUUCAACAUUCAUGGAGUUUUUCACAUAUCCCACUUCUAAAUUUCUAACCAAACCAUUCUAGUUUCAAUUACAAUCGAAAUUGGGCUGAUUCUCUCAUCUGGGUCUUCUUCAAAAACUUCCAAACCCUUGAAUUCGAGUUUAUUUCUUCAUCAUUUUGCAGAAUCUCGACAUGGGUCCGUCGGAGAAGGAGCUGAAAGAUAUAAUGGUGAGUCAACUGCCAGAGACUGUUAGGGAAAUUUCAGGGCUUCCCGAGUACAACGGCGUCUGUAAGAAGAUGUAUGGGGACCUGAUUCGAAGGGUCAAAUUAUUGAGCCCUUUGUUUGAGGAAUUAAGAGAUGGAGAAGAAGAACUCGGAUUCGAUGUUCUUAAAGGCUUGGAGUUGCUUAAAACUGCUUUGGAUUCUGCUACAGAGCUUCUUAAGUCGGUCAGCCGAGGAAGCAAGCUAUUUCAGGCUUCGCAGUUGGAGAAGAUUGUACUUGAGUUUCAUCAUAUGACGGAAGAUAUUGAAGCAGCACUCAGCAAGCUUCCCAUCGACAAGCUUGGGAUCUCGGACGAGGUUCGAGAACAGACUGAACUUGUUCAUGCACAAUUCAAACGAGCGAAAGAGAGAAUAACUUUAGCUGAUGCACAGUUAGACAAGGAUUUAGCCAUAUUACAGGAAGAAAAAGAUUCUGAUCCUACAAUAUUGAAGAGACUUUCUGAAAAGCUGCAUCUUCGAACUAUAAACGAUCUAAAGAAAGAGUCACUAGCGAUCCAUGAGUUAGUGACCUCAAGCGAUGGAGAUCUCGAGGACGUUUUUGGAAAAAUGUCAUCUGUUUUAAAGAAGCUGAAGGAUUUUGUACAAUCAGAAAACCCAGAAGUUGAAACUUCUCAAGACGAAAAAACUACAACCAUUAAACACAGAUCUCCCGUCAUCCCAGACGAUUUCAGGUGCCCUAUAUCUCUUGAAUUGAUGAGGGAUCCGGUCAUUGUCUCCACCGGGCAGACUUAUGAGAGAUCCUGCAUUCAGAAAUGGUUGGAUGCAGGGCACAAAACUUGUCCAAAAUCUCAGCAGGCUUUAUCACAUACAGCCUUAACACCAAAUUACGUUUUGAAGAGUCUAAUUGCUUUAUGGUGUGAGAACAAUGGCGUUGAACUGCCAAGGAAGCAAGGUAGCUGUAGAAACAAGAAACCCGGAAACAAUGUUUCAGACUGUGAUCGGGCGGCCAUCGAUACCUUACUAGUAAAACUGGUAAAUGGAUCUCCAGAACAGAAAAGAUCAGCUGCAGGUGAGCUCCGGUUACUAGCGAAGAGGAAUACGGAUAACAGAAUUUGUAUUGCCGAGGCAGGAGCCAUUCCAUUCCUUGUCGAACUAUUAUCCUCAAAUGAUACUAGAACCCAGGAGCAUGCAGUUACAGCAUUAUUGAAUCUUUCAAUCAACGAUGGUAACAAAAGAACUAUUGUCAAUUUACGAGCCAUACCCGCUAUAGUAGAAGUGUUGAAAAAUGGCAGUAUGGAGGCAAGGGAAAAUGCAGCUGCAACCCUUUUCAGCUUAUCAGUAAUAGACGAGAAUAAGGUUGCAAUCGGAGCAGCUGGGGCAAUUCCUGCUCUUAUUAGUUUGCUACAAGAAGGGACUCCGAGAGGGAAGAAGGAUGCUGCCACUGCUAUUUUCAAUCUUUCGAUCUAUCAGGGAAAUAAAGCAAGAGCAAUAAGGGCAGGCAUUGUGAAUCCACUUAUGGGAUUUCUGAAAGAUGCUGGAGGUGGAAUGGUUGAUGAAGCUCUAGCCAUUCUAGCCAUUCUUGCAACUCACCAUGAAGGAAAGAUGGGAAUAGGGGAAGCUGGGCCGAUGGCAAUUCUGUUGGAGUUCAUCAGAACCGGUUCUCCACGGAACCGGGAGAAUGCUGCUGCGGUGUUGUGGUCGCUUUGUAGUACUGAUUUUGAGCAGUUGAAGCUAGCUAGGGAACAUGGUGCAGAAGAGGCAUUAAAGGAAGUAUCUGAGAAUGGCACAGACAGAGCAAAGAGGAAAGCAGGAAGCAUUUUAGAACUCUUUCAACGCUUUGAUGGACAAUCAGCUAAUCUAUAAACAAUUUGGCUAUUAAUUUAUUUAAUCAACUGGGGGUUAUAGAAAUCAAGUCAAUGCCAUCUUGCCCUUGUAAUUACAAGGCAUUAAAAGUGAAGGUACCAUCACUUUUUUUAUAAUGUAAUAUAUUUUAUUGUAUUUAUGAUUAAGGAAUUCUAUUUUUGUAGUUUGAA